CGAUAAGCACAACCACAUACCACAUUAGCAUGUUAAUUAUGUAGGGACUAAACUUGUGUGCCAUUUUUGUUCAAUGAUUAGGAAAGGCUUAGUUCGUUCCUUCUUCCGAUGACGAUACCAACCAUUCCCGGAAGCUCCGGCUAUUUAGAUAUUCAUCCAGAAAGAAAAGUCUCCGUCUUCAAGAACCCUUACAUUUUAGGACUCACUUCCGUAGCUAGCAUCGGUGGAUUGCUUUUCGGCUACGACACUGGUGUUAUAUCAGGAGCUCUUCUUUAUAUUCGAGAUGAUUUUCCUUCCGUUGGACAAAGUCAUUUUCUUCAGGAAACUAUUGUCAGCAUGGCAGUGGCCGGUGCAAUUCUCGGAGCAGGAAUAGGCGGUUGGAUUAACGAUCAAUUCGGAAGAAAAAAAGCAACCAUCAUUGCAGAUGUUAUAUUUGUUAUUGGAGCAGUUGUCAUGGCUGCUGCACCAGAUCCAUAUAUUCUCAUACUCGGCCGUGUUUUCGUUGGUUUAGGCGUUGGUGUUGCUUCGGUUACUGCUCCGGUUUAUAUUGCGGAAUUGUCACCGUCGGAGAUUAGAGGAGCACUGGUUGCCACAAAUGUGCUUAUGAUAACUGGUGGACAGUUUGUUUCUUAUUUGGUGAAUCUUGCUUUUACACAGGUUCCCGGGACAUGGCGAUGGAUGCUUGGUGUUUCGGGCGUGCCUGCAGUGGUUCAGUUUUUUCUCAUGCUCUUGCUGCCUGAAUCUCCCAGAUGGCUCUACAUAAAUAAUAGGGAAAAUGACGCGAUUAUUGUGCUUGGUAAGAUUUAUGACUCUGAUCGGUUAGAAGAUGAAGUUGCUUUGCUUACAGCUCAGUCAGAGCAAGACCGCCGAAAAAGAGAUGAUGUGAGAUUCCGACAUGUUUUUAAAUCAAAAGAGAUCAGACUUGCAUUCCUUGCUGGUGGUGGACUACAGGCUUUUCAGCAAUUUACAGGUAUAAACACAGUGAUGUACUACAGUCCAACAAUUGUUCAAAUGGCUGGCUUUCACUCCAAUGAGUUGGCUCUUCAACUCUCCCUCAUAGUUGCUGGCUUGAAUGCUGCCGGAACCGUUCUUGGCAUUUACCUUAUUGAUCAUGCAGGCCGGAAAAAAUUGGCUCUAUAUAGCUUAGGAGGAGUAAUAGUUUCUCUAAUAAUCUUAUCCGUCUCAUUUUUUAACCAAUCCUCUGCCACUACCACAAAUCAAAAUGAUAUAUAUGGAUGGCUUGCAAUUGCUGGUUUGGCUCUAUACAUUGCAUUUUUCUCGCCAGGGAUGGGGCCAGUGCCGUGGACGGUAAACUCUGAAGUAUAUCCGCAAGAGUAUCGAGGAAUGUGCGGAGGCAUGUCAGCUACUGUAAAUUGGGUUUCAAAUUUGAUUGUCGCACAGUCAUUUCUUUCUAUAGCAGAAGCUGCAGGGACUGGUCCUACAUUCUUGCUUCUCGCGGUUAUAGCUGUUGCUGCAUUUUUGUUUGUGGUUUUCUUUGUUCCGGAAACCAAAGGAUUGACAUUUGAUGAAGUGGAACUGUUGUGGAGGGAGAGAGCUUGGGGUGAAAAUCCUGACAUUAAAACCCUUCUUGAGCAUGGAAAUCGUUCCUACUAGGAAGUACGAAUCCAACCUAUUGUUGUUCUCCUAAGAGUAAGAGUUGUAUCUAUUUAAAUAUGCUGUUAUUCUAUGAGUGAAUUUUGAUUAUCAGAGGUGGCUAAGCUCAGGUAAUUAAAGUGACAAUGUUGCUAACAUGCUGUGAGCCAAACCUGCUGCAAGUUCCUUUUUGGGAACUGAUUGCUUGUAAUUACAUUCUGGUGAAUAGAUACAUUACUCUCUCAAA